UACAAUACAAGUUUUUACAGGCCCGUCUGUCAUGGCUGACUCAGGAAAGCAAGACAUCCAGGGAACGGUUGACCAAGAUAGUAAACCGACGGGCCAGAUUACAUCAGCCGAAAGUGCAGGCAUCACAGAAGUAGAUGCCUAUUUUGGAGGAUAUGGUGCUCUGGACCCUGCUGAGGAGUACAAGAUGAGUCACAAGCGGAGAGGCCUGGCUCUGAUCUUUAACCAGCAGCACUUCUUCUGGGAGCUGCGCAUGCCCGACCGCCAUGGCACCAAUGCUGAUAAGUUCAACCUCACCAAGAGACUGCAGGAACUGAAUUUUGAAGUGCAGGCGUACGACGAUCUCAAAUUGAAAGAUAUCGUCCGUAUACUUCAGCAAGCUGCAGACGCCGAUCAUUCUGAUGCUGACUGCUUCGUGUGUGUGUUCCUGAGCCACGGAGAGAAUGACCACAUCUAUGCCUAUGAUGACAAGAUCAGUAUUCAGGAGAUCACUGCUCUUUACAAGGGAGACAAAUGCAGAAGCCUUGUGGGCAAGCCCAAGAUCUUUAUUAUCCAGGCAUGCCGCGGAGACAAACACGACAAUCCAGUCACUCCCAUGGACGUGGUGGACCAUGACGUGAAGACCAACGAGGUGGUGGUGGAUGCGGGCGUGGUCUACACCCUGCCUGCUGGGGCAGACUUCCUCAUGUGCUAUUCAGUGGCUGAAGGGUACUACUCUCACCGGGAGACCAUCAACGGCUCCUGGUACAUCCAGGACCUGUGUGAGCUCCUGCGGCAGUUCGGAGGGACGCUGGAGUUCGUCGAGCUGCUGACGCUGGUCAACAGGAAGGUGUCCAUGCGGCGGGUGGGGAACUGCUCUGACCGCAGCGCCAUCGGCAAGAAGCAGGUCCCCUGCUUUGCCUCCAUGCUCACCAAGAAACUCUUCUUCAGGCCCAAGAAAGUCUGACCUCUGCACUCAGCUUCCACUGUAGGCUCUCAGGGAUAGAGUUGUAAAAAUUUACAACAGCAUGAAUCAUUUUUUGUGGCGUUUUAUGGUGUGUAGCAGUCUUGUUUGACCAGUCUACUUGUCCUGGUCAGUGAGGAAAUUGGGUGUGGUGGAUUAUUGCUCCUUUUUCUGAACAUUGUCUGGCUGAUGUAGCAAAUAGAACUCUGUGUUAAAUUUGUUAGUGAAAGUGAAAGUAAAAGCACACGGUAAUUGAACUGUAUGUGGUUAGACUGACGGUUUGACAGGUAUGACUUUCACAAAACAUGAAUAUCCUAGUGCUGGUUUUGGCCAAUUAGCCAUAUUUAUGUUAGACUCCUGAAAAUGCCUACUUUUAUGUACAGUUGUUUGGAAAUCCAUAAAGUUUGGGAUAUUUAAUCUAGUCUCUACCUUAGGCCAAUCUGAAUUAAACUUGAAUUUGAGAGUUUAAAAUGGACAGUUUCAAAACUAAUUGAAAGGACCGUCUGUAAAUUUGUUUUGAGCACCAAUUUCAAGGUCUGCCCUCCAGCCCCAGUCAUGAUGAAAUGCUGACACUCUGGACGGCAAACCCUGAACUGGCAGCUUCUUGCCCAGAAUAUCUGAGAGAAAAGUAAUAGGAUCUCCUGCUUUUUAUAUGUACAAAGAAUACCGCACAUGAAGUGAGAUACAAUGCAGACGAUUUGCACUCAGUUAAAAUCGGCAGUGGUACAUCAUUAAGAUGAUCAUGUUUGUCUCAAUUAUGUAGCAACUAUCGUAAGAAAGGAUCUGGGAGAGUCAUGAAAAAAAAUAUUUAAAUUCAUGACAGCCGAUGGCUUUCAAGUGAGUUGAACUCAGCUUCCUUCAGGAGGGUCUGUGUAAUCAAUUUUUUAGAACAAAAAGGGAAUUUUUUUGGGUUGUUGUUUUUUUAAACUCCGUAACAUUCAUAAGAUGCCUGUUUGUCCAUUUGUGCUCUGUAACUGAGCAAACAGCCAAGCAAAGGAGGGCUCAUUAGGGGGUGGUGGCCACAGACAGCAGUAUGUGCUCUGCCGUUCCAAUGCCAGCUGACCCAGUAGAGCAUCUGCUACCUGAUCCCACGCUGCCUUUUAGCCUACUUGCAGUCUAAUGGGAGUACACAAUAAGACUAUAUGCAUUUUGUUGCUCAUCUCCAUUUCAGCACCUUGAUUCUCACCAACCUCUGCAAGGUCCUGUUUAAUGGUCAGAAAUUAAUGUACGGUAGAAUGCCAUGUUUUUAAUGUGAAGAAUCAUGGAUACUAAUUACUAAGAUUGUAUAAUACUAAAGAGGUUUGCACAAUGGCUUUAUAGGUGCUGAAUUCUCUGGUCUCCCUCAGGUUCAUGGUCUUGGUGUGAAAGCAAAUACAUUAACCUGGCCUCACACCACCUAAGCUAUGAAAUUUAUAGCUGGCUAGACACAAGUAAUGUUUACAACACUCAUGUCGCAACAACUGAACAACCUAGGUUUUGAGCUAUGCUGCACAAGUACAUUCUAUACAUGUUUUUAGAUAGCCAUUUCUUUUCUUUGACAUUCCAGGUAAUCUAGCUAGGUAGAGUUAGCUAAACACAAAAGGGAGAAUAAAAACUGCAUCGAAAACACUAAUUCCAAUAGCUAGUGAACCAAAGCAGUGGGCCGCUGUUUAAAAGUCAGUUUGUGCAUUCGCCUAUAUCUCUGCCUUGCCGCUCAACAAGCAGCAGGCUCUUGAGUGGCAAAAAUAAGUGGAAAACUAAAACACCAGAUCAAAGGAGUCCUCUUGUGAAAAAAAAUCUCACCAUGGCCUAUGGACAGAACUGUUCUCGAUGACACAGUACCUUUAGUGUCUGGCCUGAGGAAUGUGGAGGGUAAUCCUCUUAGUAUUGGACAAAAACUGACCAUAACCUGUUCUGUCUCUAGACUGGGAGCUGUGGUAUUUUGGGUUGGCUUCUCUUUUGUAAAUCACACCAGCAUGCUGAAUACCAUGUAAAGCCAUCUUUCUAGAGGGGUGUAAUUUUAUGAGAAUUGAAAACAUGUAAGAAUGCUCUUACAAUUGAGCAUUAAAACUAAAGAUAAACAAUGUGCCUUUUAAACUGUGGAUUUAACGACUACUGUGGGUCCUUCUGGUAGUAUAUCCCUCAUGUACUGUCCCUGCAUUAACAUAAUUGGAACAGCAGCAGAAAUAAGACCACCAUGUGCAGGACACAGCUGUAGCACUAAUAGAUGACUGCCCUACCUGGCUAGUGGGGACUAAAAAUCAUUAGCAAUAAGAACUGGAUUCACAUUCAAAUUCUGAAUACAGCUAUGACCAAGCUGUUUUCAUAUGCUUAUCAAUGCGUGCAGAGUAGUUGUAUACAUUUCUACUGUUGCGGGAUAAGAUUUCGCUCCAAAAAAGAAAUUUUUUUAUG